CGUCAUCCGUGCGCGCCCCAAAGCACCCUGACAAGCCUCAUGGCAGCGGGCUCCGUGGAGUCUCAGCGGCCCAAGGCGGCCUCCGAGAGGCCCGUGGCGGGUCAGGCCGGGAUUCUGCCUUGCCUGGAGCUGCCGAGCUACGCCGCGGCGUGUGCGCUGGUGAGCAGCCGCUAUUCCUGCUUGGUGGCCGCCCCGCACCGCAGGCACAUCGCCCUGUCGCCCCGCUACCUGAGCAGGAAGCGCACGGGCAUCCGCGAGCAGCUGGACGCCGAGCUCCUGCGCUACUCCGAGAGCCUUUUAGGUGUUCCUAUUGCAUAUGAUAACAUCAGAGUUGUGGGUGAACUUGGAGAUAUUUAUGAUGAUCAAGGACACAUUCAUCUUAACACUGAAGCAGAUUUUGUUAUUUUCUGCCCUGAACCAGGGCAGAAGUUAAUGGGUACAGUUAAUAAAGUAUCUUCUAGCCAUAUUGGCUGUUUAGUACAUGGAUGUUUUAAUGCCUCUAUCCCUAAACCCGAGCAGAUGUCAUAUGAGGAGUGGCAAACAUUGGAGAUAAAUGUAGGGGAUGAACUGGAAUUUGAUGUAUUUCGCUUAGAUUCAGAUUCUGCUGGAGUAUUCUGCAUUCGAGGAAAACUAAAUACCACAAGUUUGCAACUUAAGAGCUCUGUAGUUUCUGAAGAUGUAGCAGAAACUGUCAUUGAAGAGGUUGAAAAAAUUCCAAAAAAGAAGAAGAAGAAGAAGAAAGACAAAGACACAGAAACAUGUGAAACAGUCGAUACUGUUACAGAGGUAGCGGAUGUUACAGAUGUCACUUCAAAGGAAGAAACAGACAUACCAUGUAGUGAUAAUGUGAAUGACUUCUUUGAGGAAGAGCCAAAGAGGAAGAAAAAGAAGAAGAAAAGGCACCAGGAAGAUCAGGACCCCAUUUUCCAAGCCAGUGACUCCAGUGGCUACCAAAGUGACCAUAAGAAGAAAAAAAAGAAAAGAAAACACAGUGAAGAGGCUAACUUUGAGUCACCUAAGAAGAGACAGUAAUUGUCUUUUCUUUUGUUAACAAAUUCAGAUACACAGAUGAAUAGAUUUUUUUGAAUGGUAGGAAAUACUUAUGGGACAUUCACAAACAAAUACUUGAUUGGUAGGGUUUGGUACUAAAAUCAAUCAAUUGAAUAUAUACAUUUAAUAAUACCAGUAUUAUUAAAGUAUUAUUUUUAACAGUUAGGUGGAAAAUGUUAACAAAUGCUUUCAGUCUUGACUCAUAUUGUUAAUGUGCUACAUGAAAUUUUAUAUUCUCAACAUUUGCCAAAGAACUUUAUAAUACUUUCAAUUUUUUUCUGAUAAUAAAUUUUGCUUUAGCCAUAACAUUUUUUCUAAAAGCUUAAUACAUUUACCAGGUUUAAAUUUUCAUUAAACAGUAUAUUUUAUUUAAAAUGUAUAGGUAAAGAAGAUUAUCUAGAACUCUUAUAUACCCUGUGGCUAUCUGUUGAAUGUAUGGUGGGCAGAAAACUCAUUGUGCCUUCCCAGAGGGUGUGUGUGCAUGCACUCUUGAAUUCUGAGACUGCCGUGGAAGGGCUGUUAAUUUUUACUUUGUGUUUCAGUAGUCUUUAUCUCAUUAUAUAUGGAUCAUGAGCAAGAUGAAGAAAAGAUAAAUGUGGUUCUUGCUGGUUGAAAAUCUCCAGUAAGUUUUUAAUGAUUCGAGGUAGUCUACUAGACUUGCUUUGAGGAGGAGCUCCACAGUUAUUAUUGCUUUUAUUGAUAAAAAUGUGGGAUGUGUUAUGUCUAACCAGGAGGUGGUAGUGAGGAUAAGCUGGAGGAGGCUCGUAAUCAAUCCAUAGCCAGGCAUUUACAGGGACUUAAUAUUGUAAUGUAUUUUGUUGAGGUCAAAGGAUAUAAAGUCAAUCAAGAUAGUAUAGUUCCUUUCUCCAUGAAUUAACAUGGGAGAAACACUUGUGUGCACACAGCCUAAGUGAGGAAAUAAAACAGGAUUUGUAGUAAAUACCAUGGAGUAAACAUUGACCACUCUUUAGUUAGUAUCUGGGAAUGUACAGGGGUAGGGUUGACCUUUCCAUGUCAGUCAUUGUUGUUGUCACUGUCUGGUAGACAGAGUGUGAUCAUCAGUUUAAUGUUUGAUAAAGAGUAAAUUUUGGCAACUAUGUUUUUUGACUUAAUCUGUGGUAUAUAGAGCAUAAGAAAUGGCAGCAAUUUAAUAUGUAUAGGUUGAUAUAAUUGCCAAACCAAAAUCUUUCACUCAGGAUACUUGAAAUUUUUAGGUGGCUUUCAGGUCUCUUCUUAAACCGUGACUAUUCCAAAUUGACAUGUAUUGUCUGUCAGUAUAAAGUAUGAGAUUUUAAAUUAAAAUUGUUUAAAAAAAUACAAAGAAUACCCUAAUACAGUUGUCUUUCCCUCCUCUUACCUCAUCCAUCCUGUUCCUAUACCUGCCUGCUCUCACCCCCCACUGCACCUCCCCCCAUCCACCCUUGAUGCCUAUUAAAAAACUGGGUAUAGACCGAAACAGAAUUUUUGGCAGGAAUCUCUUAUUGUGAAGAAGUACUUAAAGAAAUGUUCACCAUCCUUAGUUGUCAAGGAAUUGUAAAUCAAAACAAGCCUGAAAUUCUAUCAUAUACCCAUCAAACUGCUCGUCCUGAUGAGGAUAUGGAUCAAGGGGAACACUCCAUUGCCUGUGGGAGUCCAAAUUUUGUACAACUGCUUUGGAAAUAAAUUUGGUGGUUUCUCAGAAAA